AGAGACUUCUGAAAUAAGCAAUAAAUAAAAAAAAAACAAAAGAGGAAAUAAUAGCUGUCCGUUCUGAGACUAAACGACCCACCUCGCCUUCUUUCUUUCUCUCGGAGGUUGCAACAGAAGCAAAGCAAAGUAGCAAUGGCAAUGGUCAUAUGGGUUCUUUUGGUUUAUCUUCUUGUUGUCUCUGUUUCUGCUGCUACUCAAAAUAAUUUGGAUCUUGGAUUGGGCACCUGGAUUUACAAUGAGAAUAAAAGAUUGAAACUUGAAGAUUUAGUACAAGUACAGAAAAUAAUAGUGAAGGCCAAAACUUGCGCUCUGGGACAAUUGAAAGUUACUAAUAACCCUGCGGAUGAGUUAGUGGCUGUUCUUAACGCUAACAGAACUGCACACAAAUCAUCUUCCCUCUAUGACAACCCUGGAUUGGCCUGCAUUGCCUUGCAGUACAUAAAAGCGUACAAAGGUGACUGUGGUGCUGUAGGAGGUCCAGAUGCCAAGAAGCCAGCUGAUUCCGAGUUUGUUGAAGCUUUUGCUCCAAACUGUGGUAUCCAAGUCUCAACCCUCUCUCCAAUUACCGGUCGUUUACUUGGCUGCGAGACUAAAUAUGUCCACGCUGCUGAAGCAUUUUCAAACAUCUUGAUUGAAAGCAGUAAGAGCUUGGACAUUCUCUACAAUAAGAACCACACUGAAGUCGGAGCUGCCGUGAGUGGCAGUGAUGGUGGUUCUCCAUAUUUCUGGUGUGUGUUGUUCAGCGGCGGCAAAACUAACAGCAGCUUUGUUGCCGAGGGAGGUGUGGUUAAGAUAACAAGACCUGGGUGCUUUAGUGGUGCAGAUGACGAGUGCAGUGGCGCUUAUGAUUGGUCUAGAAGUAGUAGUGUGUGGGCAUGUUUCACGACAGCUCUGAUUGCAAUGGGGUUUGCCUUUGGAUUAUGAAGAUGUAUGAGAAUCUAGAUUCGUUUCCACUAAAUUCAGGGCCCUUUUUUCGGUUCUGUUGUAUUCAAAGGCACGGCCUUUGUAGUUUGUUCUGUGUUUCUCGGUUUCAUUGUAUGUAAGAGUUUUACUGUGAGAUUAAUGCCAUUCAUUUUCUUCAGCUUUUCCCUUC